UGUGGCUCUUAAUUAAACAUGUGAUUAGCGAUUGUCACAGACUAAAAACACCCGCCGAAAAAAAUAAGCUGCCAAAGUUCCAUGGCAUCAGCAGCAGCCGCCCGUUCCGUCGCUGUAUUCAAAAGACCAGCUUCAACAGCCGCCCAAGUUCUCCGACACCAUCACUUAUCCUCAACCGCGGCGGCGGCAGAGAUUCACCGGCCGGGGGAUUUCUACUGUGACGAUAGUGAAGCCGAAGAAAGUGCAGUGUAUCAGCAUACCCUCAAAUUCCAACGCCCAUCAAACAUAAAACAACACCAGCUUCUCCAAAACUCCGUCAGUCUCAUAGGAAAAAUCGCUUACCCGUUCAAGAGAGUUAACACCAGAAACGGCUCUUUUGGGGUUCAUACUUUACUCAGUGUCUCCGCUUCUUCUCAAUUCCGUCCGUCUUUUAAAGUUAUGCUGAAGAUGUGGGGUGAAAUGGCGGAAGUGUCAAUGGAGCAUUUGAAAUCGAAUGACUUGGUAUAUGUUUGGGGUCAUUUGGGAUCAUACACCAAGAUUGAUGAGAAUGGUAAACAUAAGAAGAGAUACCAGGUAGAUGUCAAGGAAAUAAAUUUUGUGACUCCAGAUGUUCAAGCCUCAGCAACCCCAGAAAUUGAGAAGAAAGAAUCAGGAGGUGAAGAUGAAUGGGAGGAGUACAGGAACCGGAUCCAAUUGUGGCAAAUUUUCUUCGCUAGCCCUUUUGAAUGGAUGGACUUCAGGAAGAGUAAAGUCAAUCCUAAAUACCCAGACUUUAAGAACAGAGAUACUGGUGAAGUUCUCUGGCUCAGAACAGACGAUCCACCAUGGAUAAAACGGCAGUUGGAUAUUCUAGAUUCUAGAUUUGCUUACGAAAGCCGAAGACAGUCCUUUUGAAGGGAUGCAGAGCAAUGCUGAAACCUAGUCGAAGAGAAGUUCCACUGGUUGUUACAAACAUCAAAAGGUACUGUUGGCUAUGUGCAUACUUCUUAUAAUACAACUUGCUUUGGUAAAUAGAACAGGAUCCACAUUAUAAAUGAGAAGAAAGCCACUUUGUGUUUAUGUCACAAGUUAUGUAAUCUUGGCAGUUGUACUAGUUGUUUAGUGCUGCUUCUUGAAAAAUAUGUCUUGUACAUAAUUUUCUUGUAAGAUCAAUACUUGUAACAUGAAAUAUCUUGACCGUCUCCAUGUUACCAACCUAUGCUGGUUCGUUAUCAUGACCAUUAUGCUCA